CCUCAUCGACCUGCAUGCCGAAGCCUGACAGCCUCUUGACGUAUCUGGGCCGGGGCCUCUCUCGCCCGGCCAAACCCCAAUCUCGUUCGCAUAUCCUGCACUUUACUCGUUCUGGUCACGCGCACGUUGCAUGGCCAAGCUUCUCGUACUUCGCUUGACGUCUCCUAGCAUGAAAUGCGUUAUUGUAUAGCUUCAGAUAUCGCUGCACUCGUCGUCCCAGCAGUUAUAUUGCGCAGAGAACCGCCCGACGAUACUCUUCAUGACGCUGCAAGAUGCCUCGCCGCCUCUGCGCGGGUCCGCGUCACCAGGAGCGGGUGAAUCAUUCCACCAACAGCACCGAGGACACCCAUGUCCAGCUCUGUCAGGAGGGUACUGGAAUGAGGGCUAUUGAGGGUCAAGUUGGUAUCGAUCCCCGCUCUGCGCGGCGCGAAGGGGCACGCUUACCGUCAUGACGGGGCAGCAGCGUUCACAUGGAGCGUGGAGACGAACACGAACGUCAACGACGCGCACAUUUUCCUCUUAUCAUAAGUUCGUGAAUCUGAACUCUAUCCCCUUAUGCAAGUAGAGCAGCUUGAAGGGCGAGUUCGCGAGACUGGGACGGCUGCGCCAUCGUCAAGCAUGCACCACUCACUGGAGGACGGACGACAUUGCGACGAUAUGAAGGGACUCUGCAUGCUCGGGAGUGUUACGUAGAGAGCAGUCUGCGAAGGAGCUGGGCCAGGCCCAAUUCAGGGGUGCGGAUCGAGGCGGUAUACAAGCGGCACGGGUUGUAGGGCAGGGCGUGGGUGACACCUGGGGAGCUUGUUGCGAUGAGCAGAAUGGGGAGACGGAAACACAGGUACGAGUAACCUCGAGGAGAAACGAAUAGCAGGUGCACGUAUCACCGAGACGCAUCUGCGCUCCGAUAUUGAUAUUAUGUGGAAGUAACACCCGCAGAUAAAUGCACGACCGAAGCUCAACGACCCAAGUCUGCUUCAAUACCCAUUUGAUAUGCAGCUGCCGCUGCCAAGCGCAGUAGUGCGCCUCAAGACUCUACGUUCCAUCGAAACAAACACCUCAGCGUACGACCUCACGGACGAGUCUACCGCGCUAAACACGACCCUCGAGCCCCUCAUUUCGCUCUCGACGCGUCCCGGUGGAUAUCAAUAAAUUUGCACCCCCGACGAUGCGCCUCCUCAGCGUCGUCGAGUCCUUCAUCAGUGCCAUCAAGUCCGA